AUGGAACAGCGUUUCAGGGACAACGACAAUGCGGAAUGGGGCGCUUACCCUGCCCAGGUCAUGUGCGAGGAGACCAGGAACUUUCCUAUUCCUCUGGAGAAGGGCAAGAAGCACACCCUUGGAGAUCUAUUUGAUCGUACGCCCAAAGAGCUAAUCUCCAAGGUCAUGUUGGAGGAGAAGGUGUUCAAGACGUGGUACUCGGGAAGGACUGUUCUUAUCGGCGAUGGCGCUGUCACGGCGAUGCACGAUGCCCUAGCACUCGCCAAUCUGCUGUACGCCAUGCCUACAAGGACAAACCAGGAUGUCACAAAAGUCUUUAACGAGUACCAAAAAGAGCGACUCCCGGCGGUGAUGGAGGCGUUCAACUACAGUCAAGGAAUCAGCAAUAUCCUCGGACGUGGUAUCUUCGGCGCAAUAUACCUCUACAUCAUGACCCACAUGCCCACAUGGCUGUGGAGGAUUGUGAAGUUGUCCAACACUGUCAAAUUCCGACCUCAAGCGGGCUUCCUGAAGGCGAUUGAGGUCAUGGGCAAUAUCAAGCCUGCAACCUCCCUCAGCGAACAAAAGGCCAGGGCUGUUUAUGAGAUGCAACUCCAAGACACGGUUGCUUCUAUCUAA